AUGUAUACGACAGCAGAAACGUCCACCGAAGGAAUGAUUGAACGAUGUGUAGUGGUACAGCGGCAAAGCGAUGGAUAUGGCUUCACAGUUACGGGAGAUCAUCCGGUGUUUGUACAUACGGUGAAGCCGGAAGGGGCUGCGUUCUGUGCUGGAGUUCGAGAAGGCGAUCGCAUUCUAAAGGUCAGCGGAGAACAACAUUUAAGAUUUCAAGUCAGAUUGGGGAUUCCGCAAUUCCGGAGCUUUCCAAUACUCCUUAGACUAUAAUC